AGCCGGACGGGCACUGAGCGACUCUGUGCCUCGCGGACGAAAAUCAACUAAACAUGGGCAAAGGAGAUCCUAAGAAGCCGAGAGGCAAAAUGUCCUCGUAUGCAUUCUUUGUGCAAACCUGCCGGGAGGAACACAAGAAGAAGCACCCGGAUGCUUCUGUCAACUUCUCGGAGUUCUCCAAGAAGUGCUCAGAAAGGUGGAAGACCAUGUCUGCUAAAGAAAAGGGGAAAUUUGAAGACAUGGCCAAGGCUGACAAGGCUCGUUAUGAAAGAGAAAUGAAAACCUACAUCCCCCCCAAAGGGGAGACCAAAAAGAAGUUCAAGGACCCCAAUGCACCCAAGAGGCCUCCUUCGGCCUUCUUCUUGUUCUGUUCUGAGUAUCGCCCCAAAAUCAAAGGAGAACACCGUGGCUUAUCCAUUGGGGAUGUUGCAAAGAAACUGGGAGAGAUGUGGAACAACACUGCUGCAGAUGACAAGCAGCCCUAGGAAAAGAAGGCUGCCAAGCUGAAGGAGAAGUACGAAAAGGAUAUUGCUGCUUACAGAGCUAAAGGAAAACCCGAUGCAGCGAAAAAGGGGGUGGUCAAGGCGGAAAAGAGCAAGAAAAAGAAGGAAGAGGAAGAUGAUGAAGAAGACGAAGAGGAGGAGGAAGAAGAGGAAGACGAAGAUGAGGAAGAUGAUGAUGAUGAAUAAGUUGGUUCUAGCGCAGUUUUUUUUUGUCUAUAAAGCAUUUAACCCCCCUGUACACAACUCACUCCUUUUAAUGAAAAAAACUGAAAUGUAAGGCUGUGUAAGAUUUGUUUUUAAACUGUACAGUGUCUUUUUUUGUAUAGUUAACACACUACCGAAUGUGUCUUUAGAUAGCCCUGUCCUAGUGGUAUUUUCAAUAGCCACUAACCUUGCCUGGUACAGUCUGGGGGUUGUAAAUUGGCAUGGAAAUUUAAAGCAGGUUCUUGUUGGUGCACAGCACAAAUUAGUUAUAUAUGGGGACGGUAGUUUGUUGUUUUGUUUUGUUUUUGGUUUUUUUCAUCUUCAGUUGUCUCUGAUGCAGCUUAUACGAAGAUAAUUGUUGUUCUGUUAACUGAAUACCACUCUGUAAUUGCAAAAAAAUUGCAGCUGUUUUGUUGACAUUCUGAAUGCUUCUAAGUAAAUACAAUUUUUUUUUAU